CCCAUGCUUUGUUGUUUUGUGCCCCACAAGUUGGCCCGAAGAAUUGGCUGAAAUGAUAAAUCACUAGAAACGCCAGCGAGUUCACAGCACAUGCCGCAGUCUGCCGCAAAUUCGUGCCCCAGCCGCACGUCCUUGGAACUCCCAGCACACCUGCCGCUAUUGAUUGCAACCACCUGUUGGGGCCAAACACCCCCACUCGCGGAACCAAAAUACUCAGCCACGUAGUCUUCAGUCAGUCGGUGAAAUAUGCUCCCACAAAACGCUAGAAUUUGGACGCUGUGCGUGCAGACGGCUUUGUUAGCCACCUUGGUCAGGGGAUCCGAGUCGCUCAAGGAUCAUCUCGUGGGCAGAUUACAGAUAUCCUACAAUCCCAGCGAGCUGUCCGAAUCCCGCUUCCUGGAGUACAGCAAUCUAUCCGAUAAAAUGCACCUGCGAGAGGCCAUUAACAAUAUUCUAAUACCCCGAGUUGUGGGCUCGGGAAAUCAUACCAUCGUGCGGAAGUAUAUAUCCGACAGCUUAGAAGAUCUCGGUUGGAAUGUGGAGAUGGACAGCUUCCAUGACGUGGCGCCGAUCAAGGGAAAAUUGCAUUUCCACAACAUCAUCGCCACGCUGAAUCCCAAGGCUGAAAGAUAUCUAGUGCUCGCCUGUCAUUACGAUAGCAAAUACAUGCCGGGAGUGGAGUUUCUGGGGGCCACCGACUCUGCGGUGCCCUGUGCCAUGCUCCUCAAUCUCGCCCAGGUCCUCCAGGAUCAGCUAAAUCCCCUCAAGCAGAGCAAACUGAGCUUGAUGCUCUUGUUUUUCGACGGCGAGGAGGCCUUCGAGGAAUGGGGACCCAAGGAUUCCAUCUACGGAGCAAGACAUCUGGCUAAAAGAUGGGAGCGUGAAGGAAAACUGGACAGGAUAGACAUGCUGGUGCUGCUGGAUCUUCUGGGAGCUCCCGAUCCCGCUUUCUACAGCUUCUUCCAGAACACCGAGUCCUGGUACAUGCGUCUCCUUUCUGUGGAGACUCGGCUGGCCAAGCUUGAGCUCCUCGAGCGCUACGCCAGCAGCGGAGUCACCCAGCACGAUCCCACGCGCUACUUCCAGUCGCAGGCCAUGCGCUCCUCCUACAUCGAGGACGACCACAUACCCUUCCUGCGGCGAAAUGUGCCCAUCCUGCACCUCAUUCCGGUGCCCUUUCCCGAUGUUUGGCACAAGCCCACCGAUAACGCCGCAGUGAUUGAUUAUGCGACGACGGACAACCUGGCGCUGAUUAUACGACUCUUCGCUUUGGAGUAUCUGCUGGGCGGAACCGAAGGCGAAGCCAAGUAGUCAAGUGGAU